AUGACGAUGCAGGAGACAGCAAAAACCCUUUACUUGGAGGCUGAGGGUAUCCAGUAUGCCUACCGGAUCAUUGGCAACUCGAGCGACAAUGGGCCUCCUCUUCUAAUGCUGAACCACGUCCGGUCAACGAUUGAUACUUGGGACCCCUGGGUCAUCAACAAUCUUACGGCAACUGGCCGUCAGCUCAUCACCUGCGACUAUACUGGACUCGGGCACAGCAACGGCCGCAUUCAAUCUAGUAUCCGAGGCGUUGCGUGGUUCAACAGAAGCACAACUUCCCGCGCUGGUAUUGCUGGCAAGGAUGGCGAACCUGAGAUUGCUCUGUCUACAACUGGAGAGGCACUCGUCAACCUCACCCAGGCCCAUCUGACCUGGGACGCCGAUCCGAUACCGUAUGCCCUCCUCCAGUCGAUUCAAAAGGAUGUUCUGGUCACCAACGGCGACAAUGACUUGAUCGUCCCCACCAAGAACUCCUAUAUUCUCGCCAGACAACUGCCCCGGGCCAACUUCGUCAUGUUCCCGAGCAGCGGCCAUGGUCAUCUCUUCCAGUACGCCGGAUAUUACACUAAGCUUGUUGGAGAAUUUCUGGAUGGAAAGCUGCCGACUGCUCCAUUUUCUUCUGGAAGAGCCCCGGCUUUUGGCUCAUACGGACAGUACAACGAAUAG